AUAUAGUAGAUACAGGUGAAGAAACUCGAAUGCUAACUUUUCAUUUCAUACAAGUUUUAAACGGAACAAUAUGUCAAAAAAAUGAAGAUUGUGACAGAGGAAAAAUGGAAGAGUGUCAAAAACACAAGGAUAUUAAUCUCAAAAUCUGUAUUCCAAAACGCCAUGUCUAUGAAUCCUGUAAUGAUUAUGCACAGUGUGAGAAAAACAGCAAAUGUAUGUCUUCUGGCUAUGUAAGAACGUGUCAGUGUUUUUCUGGUUACGAAGAAAUUGACGGACAAUGUGUUAAAAUGAAUCUUCGUCUUUUUGAGUCCUGCAGUCACUCUGAACAGUGUACAGGGUCUAGUGGAGCAACUAAAUGUAAAGUAGUCGGGGGACAAAAAAUUUGCUACUGCCCAGAGGGUAAAGAGAUCAUUAAAGGGGCAUGUCUUAAAGCUGGAUUAGUUCUUGGAGAUAACUGCUACAUAAAUACACAGUGUACUGGCACACCAAACUCUGGUGUAUGUAUGAUUGACCAUCAGGACAAUGUAACGCCGGUCUGUCAAUGUACUUCUGGAUUUAUAAGAUAUGGAGACAGGUGUUUGCAAUUCAAUAAAAAGCUUUACGAGGAUUGUGAGAAAGAUGAUCAGUGUAACGGGACAUCAAAAGAGAAAGUGCUUGUCUGCAAAAACAUACGCCACAGAAAACUAUGUAUGUGUAAUUCAGAUUUUGUAGAGGACAACGAAUACCUGAAAUGUCGCAAAGCUGGAAAAGAAAUACAUACAAAGUGUAAAAUAAAUGAGCAAUGCACUGGCACGGAAAAUGUAAACAUAUGUGUUACGAAUGGAAAAGAAGAAAAUGAGGAAGGUGUAUGUAGAUGUAAUGACCAGUUUGGUUGGAUUGAUGGAAAAUGCCUAAAAAUUGGAAUGAAAUUAUUUGAACCCUGCGUUAACAACAAUCAAUGCAAUGGGACAAACAAUGCAGGAAAUUGUACAGAAAUUGGAAACAACACAUUAUGUUACUGUCAAGAUGAAUAUUUGGAUUUCAAGGGGAGAUGUAUCAAGGGUAAUAAAGACAUUAAUGAGGAGUGCGAAGCAAACAUUCAGUGCACAGGAACGGAACACGCCAGUGUAUGUGGGGAAAACCAGACUUGUACUUGUGACAAGGGGUUUAUCAGACUAAGAGAAGAGUGUGUGUCAGGUAAUCUAACACUAGGACAAUCUUGUGUUCAUGACACCCAGUGUACUGGUACAGAAUACGUUGGAACAUGUAUAAAAGGAGUGUGUUUCUGUAAUGAAGGAUAUGAUCUUUAUCAGCUGCAAUGUUUGCCAGCUAAAGAAAAGUUAACUUGGUUUAGUGAAUAUGAAAAUCAACUAAUUUUGAUAGCUGUCGGGGGAUGGUUUGGUAUGGUAGCGUGUUCAGUCACUACACUAUUUUGUGCACUGAAAAGAAGAAAAUCAAAACCUACAAGGAUAAAAUGUCGCAAUUCUUCACACUUACCAAUAAGUACUAUUAACUACUCCGUCGCAGAUAAUACCGUAUUUGGAAUCACGGAUCAUGUUGAAGGAGUAAAUCAAGAAAGUUACAUCUAUGAUCAAGCCAAAAACAUCUACGAAAAAGCACAUCAAAUGGACCAGCAACAGGAGACUGAAAACGUCUACAACGAUGCUUAUGAAAGGGACCAAGACGAUGAAACUGUAAACGUCUACAGUGUUUCAGAACCCCAAUGUUACCACAGAGGGGAGGAGGAUUCUGACGAUACAUACAAUCACCUUCACCAGAAACCUCUACAGAUGUCUGAUGACACGUAUGGUGUGCCGAAGUCCAUCUCGAUUCCGUUGUAACGAACAUUACAACAGAAUACAUUUUUGAUAUAAUGCGCAUUUUAUGAUAAUAUUAUUCUUUUUUAAUUCUAAUCAAGAAAAUAACCAAAACAUAGUCUUGUCUUUUAUCUGUGAUAACUUCUAAGACAGAAUUUUUACUACAAGUGUGUUAACUUUUCAAGCUAAUUACCCGAUCAUUUUCAAUUUUCGAUUAGAUGCUAUAGCUAAAUCAAAUUAUAUAGGGAAAAGCAAAUAAUGAAACAUAGUAAUGUGCAAAACGAAUGUUCUUAAAAGUAAAGCUAUAAUUAGAAUAGUUUUUUUUUUGGGGGGGGGGGGCUGUAAUUUUUGUUUCUUUUAGACAUGAAUUUCUCCCAAAAAAAUCAAAUUUCAAAUUAAUUAAAUAUUUGAAUAUUUACAGCAUAGAAGCUUAUUAUCAACUCGAUGGUUUUUUGUUUCUUAGGAUUUAUAUAGUUUUUAACCAUUUAUAGUUUAAUUUAUCACCAUGCACAAUAGCUCAUACAUACAGUGGUGGGUUGUUUGAGGAUCUCGAUGUAUAAAUACACUCAUGUUUUUAUUUACUAGUAUAUAUUAUUUAAAAGAAAAAGAAUUGUUUGACCUUUAUGGUAUGGUCUUAAUUUCUGAAUAUAACAUGUAAGUUAUAAUGAAAAAAAACAUUUCACACUGUUUGAUCAUCUUUAUUUGUUUUAAAUAACUUUCCUGAAAAGGUUAUUUUUUUAAUUGAGUCUAUAUAAUGAUGAUACAUGUCUUGAAAAAUUGAACCACUAUGUGUAAGAGUACAUAAUGAUCAAAACAUGUUCGAAGAAAAUUUGAGACUUUGACGGUCAGGAAAGGUAUUUGAUAAAUGUAAGAUACAAAUUCACUGUAUUUACUGUAAAUUAUCAUCUUCGAUAAAAAGUUGAUGCAAUAUUAAAUUUCAGAACCGGAUAAAGAGAAGGAAAUUUGCCUGCGCUUAGAAAUACCACUAACAUAUUAUCAACAACUAUUUGUAAGCAAAGAAGUCAGUUAUACCCUUGAAUGUUCUCUUUAGUAAUUUCUUAAGAUUUUCAUGAUGAAGAACA